AUGAUUAAAGGCAUGGAAUGGAUUAGUAACUUAACAACUACUGCAGCAUUUCGUAAAAUAGGAGCAGAAGUUGUUCCUUUAGUGUCAAAAUGUAGGAAAGAGAAGCCAGGCUCAUAUGCAUUUAACAAAUGUCUUGCAACUGGUGAGGCUAUGUUAUUUCAUGGCUGUUGUUCAGCUAAGAUGGGAAGAUUUGAAGACACAGAAGCUGUCGUCGAUCCACAGCUCAGAGUUUAUGGAGUGGACCGCCUACGGAUAGCUGAUGCUUCAAUUAUGCCUCAUCAGAUAUCUGCUGCUCCGCAGGCAACAUGUUACAUGAUUGGCGAAAAAGCUGCAGAUCUAAUUAAGGAAAGCAAUCCAUGA